AUGCCCAUGAAGUUCAAGAAAGCGACCUCGAUUGCCAUGUCGCAGAGCAAGGAUAAGAUCGAUGCACUGGAGCUGCCGAUUCCAGCGCGCAUCAUUUACGAGAUGAACCAGAAAAGGCAACAGGCUAUAUGCAAGGUCAUUCUUCAACUUCAGCAAGAACGUGAUGCGUUCAUGAUAGGAAUUAAAGGUUGCAACUUCGAGUGCAGGUCCAUCAUGCUUGGUUCUCUCACGGAGCAAAUGCACAAAAAGGGUCUACUUGAGUCAGAGGUCAAAUUUUAUUACAAGGGUUGCAAUGUCAAAGACUUGAUCAAAUCUGUCCAGUCAUUUGUUGCCCCGAAGUGGAGGGCUUCAAUCUACAGCUACGAGCCACGGUAUGCCGAUCACAAGUGCCCCUACAGUUCGUUUUCUCUAUUGGAGGGUUCACGCGACACGGUGGCAGGUCUCCAACUGAAACAAUUUCUUGUCAAUUGA